GGAGUGAAGAGUGGAGUAAUUCCAGCUCAACUUCUCUGCACGGAAUCCGUCCGGUAGUUUGGCACUGAAGCGCCCGGACGUCUCUGCGUAAUCCCGGCAGAGUGGCAAAGAGCUGCUACGUCCGGCGACGUUUAGGAAAGGGAAUUCCAAGGCUGUGAGGAUUUAUUUCUGGACUUAAGGAGGGGAGUUCUUGAAGCUCAAAGCGAGACUCUGGGUCCUUGAUUCUGAUGAGGUUGUUACUGAUGUAAACUGAUGCGGUAUGACUAUGUUUCGCGGACUGUCGAUGGAUCACCUGAGUGUUGGAGAGUUGACCGUUUUGUAGGGCGGCUUGAAAAAGUUUCGGCUUAAUUAAGUUGGCGACAGCAGUUCACGGAUCAGUGACUGUGUGCAGCCUUCUUCAGAAAACUGGCGAUGUUUAACGCAACAUUUGUCUGAAUUUAACUUUCGGAUGCUGCAGGAGAGCAGGGAAACCGCGACCCUCGGCUGCGCAUGUUGUGCGCACCGUGCACAAACUCCCGGUCUUUGGAGACUAGUGUAAAUCGAUGCGGCAUCCCACGAGAGGCGGACGGGACCGACAGGACUCAUCCAAAACUGUCUAGGUUGUCGUAUGUUCAAGUCGAAACGCUCCGGUCUUGUUCGGCGACUCUGGAGAAGCCGUCUGGUCACCGAGAGCGACGGACGGGAUGGAGGCAGACGAGGCGAGGCAGGACGGCACGGUCACUCGGGGAGGCUCCACAGACACGAGCAGAGGUCGGUGACACGCAGUGAUGCGGCUCCGGGACUCUCUACAGAGACUGGAGACAUGACGGAGACCGCGGAGAGGGAGGAAGAGGAGCAAUCUGACGACGACCGGGGGGUCAUGUGCGUCGUGGGGCGCAGGAGCUCCCUGCCGGAGCAGGAGGGCGACGGCAGGACGGUGACGUGCUGUUUGUUUGGGGAGUGGGAUCUUAGACCGCGGAGCUCCUACUGGGCCAUACGAAAAGACGGAGGGGCCCCCUGCCAGUGCGCACCUAGACGCACUGGGCUCGAGGAGGACUUGGCAAGCACUGCUCAUGCUUUUUUUAAAAAACUCAAAGACAGAUCUCUGGAUGCUCUGGUGAAGGCUGUGGAGACCAAAGGAGGGGUACCAGGCGAGUGCGUCAUUGUGCCCAGAGCCGAGCUGCGGCUCAGCGCACACCAUGUUUCCCCUCAGUAUCUGUUGUGUCGGCUGUUUCGCUGGAGCGACCUACCGCUAUCAGCCCGACUCAAAGCUCUGUGCCACUGCCAGAGCUUUGACUCCGGAGACAGGGCAAAGGUGUGCUGCAACCCCUAUCACUACAGCCGGCUGUGCGGGCCAGAAUCACCUCCUCCUCCAUAUUCUCUGUCCCGUUCAGAUGAACACAAGCUACUCGACUCAGCUCUGUCUUACACUGAAACUGCGGCCCCCCUCCUUCCCAGUCUGCCCCACUUUAUGCCAAGAGACUACACAGACACUGGUACUUCCAUCGGCUCUUCCACCUCUGGCGGACACCGCUCUCACUGGUGCAGUGUUGCCUACUGGGAGCAGCGCACUCGCGUGGGUCGUCUGUAUCCAGCCCACGAGCCCUCGCUCAGUAUCUUCUAUGACCUACCUCAGGGCACGGGCCUCUGCCUCGGCCAGCUCCAAGCCAACGCUUACCACAGCCGCCGUGAGGACCCGGGCAGCCACGGCACAUCCGACAUUUAUCGGCACCACAGCCAUGGAAGAGGAGGAGGAGGAAGUGGAGGAGGGAACAACAGCAGUGGCAGCAACAUACAACAGAUUCGCAGUAAAAUCGGUUUCGGCAUUGUGCUGAGCCGUGAGCCGGACGGGGUGUGGGUCUACAAUCGCAGCCAGCAUCCGGUGUUCGUCCACUCGCCCACUCUGGACCCGCCCAGCGCUCGAGGGCUGAGCGUGAGGAGGGUGAUGCCAGGUUUCUCUCUCAAGGUGUUUGAUUUUGAGUGUUCUAGCUGGAUGACAGAGCAUGGCAUAAAACCAGAGACCCAAGAGGGGCCCUGGGACCCCCACAGCAUCCGGAUCAGUUUUGCCAAAGGAUGGGGCCCCUGCUACUCUCGACAGUUCAUCACCUCCUGCCCCUGCUGGCUGGAGGUGCUGCUCAACAACCACAGAUAG